UUUACUCUGAUAAACAGUGGUCAGCAGUGAGCUACAGAGCUGCGUGCCCAUUUUUCCUGCGUUCCCAGACAUUGUGUGUCUCUCUGGGUUUGUCUCUCCUCUGAUCCUGCUUAAAUCCUCCAUAGUGUGACAGAACACAGUGGACAGGAUGUCAAACCUGAAGGAGUUGUGUAGCGGCCUGCCUCUGGACCCCAUGCCAUCCAAUCGGGGCCGGGACCCCAGUGUGCCACAUGCACCCGUCAGGACGCCCAACCUCACUCCAGAGGAGGAGAGGCUAGCCCUGAGGAAUGCCCUGCGCUACUUUCCCCCCUCCCACCACAACAUCCUGGCUGCUGAAUUCGCCCAGGAGCUCAGGCAGUAUGGACACAUCUACAUGUACCGCUUCUGUCCCCUCAUACAUAUGAGGGCCUACCCUAUAGAUCAGUACCCCUGUCGUACACGCCAAGCUGCCUCCAUCAUGCUCAUGAUCAUGAACAACCUGGACCAUGCAGUUGCCCAGUUUCCCCAGGAGCUGGUUACCUAUGGGGGAAAUGGACAGGUGUUCAGUAACUGGGCCCAGUUCCGCCUGGUGAUGUACUACCUGAGUGAGAUGACAGAGGAGCAGACUCUGGUCAUGUACAGUGGUCAUCCAGCGGGGCUGUUCCCCAGCCUGCCCUCCUCCCCCCGCGCUAUCAUUACCAACGGCAUGGUCAUUCCAAACUACUCCUCCAGAGAGCAGUAUGAGAAGAUGUUUGCUUUGGGUGUAUCAAUGUAUGGUCAGAUGACUGCUGGUAGCUACUGCUACAUUGGGCCUCAGGGGAUUGUCCAUGGCACCAUGCUGACAGUGUUGAAUGCAGGGCGGAGGUAUCUGGGGUCUGAUGACCUGAGGGGCCGGGUGUUGGUGACAUCGGGGCUGGGGGGCAUGAGCGGGGCACAGGCCAAGGCUGCUGUCAUCGCAGGCUGUGUGGGGGUCAUUGCCGAGGUAGAUGAGGUGCCCCUGAGGAAGAGACAUGAGCAAGGCUGGUUAAUGGAGGUCACCAGUGACAUAGAACACUGCAUCCAACGCAUUAGAGAAGCCAAGAGAUCCAAGACUCCCCUCAGCUUGGGUUACCAUGGCAAUGUUGUGGACUUAUGGGAGCGUCUGUUGACGGAGUAUGAGAGGACAGGAGAGCUGCUGGUGGACCUGGGCACAGACCAGACCUCCCUCCACAACCCCUUCAGUGGAGGGUACUACCCAGCUCAACUCAGCCUCCACCAGGCCAACCAGCUCAUGGCCACAGACCCAGCACGCUUCAAAACCGUGGUCCAUGAGAGCCUUUGUAGACAGGUAGCUGCCAUCAACAAGCUGUCUGAGGCAGGGAUGUUCUUCUGGGACUAUGGAAACGCCUUCCUCCUGGAGGCCCAGAGAGCAGGAGCGGAGGUAGAGAAGGAGGGAGGCGCAGCGACAGAGUUCCGCUACCCAUCCUACGUCCAACACAUCAUGGGUGACAUCUUCUCCCUGGGCUUUGGACCAUUCCGCUGGGUCUGCACCUCCGGUGACCCCCGUGACCUGACACUGACUGAUGACAUCGCCGCCACUGUCCUGGAGGAGGUCAGCGCCAAUGUGACUGAGCGUGUGCGACAGCAGUACAACGACAACAUCCGCUGGAUCCGUGAGGCCGGAAAACACAGGAUGGUGGUGGGCUCCCAAGCCAGAAUCCUCUACUCAGACCAGAAAGGCCGUGUGUGUAUUGCCUUGGCCAUCAAUCAAGCUAUUGCUGAUAGGAGAGUUUCGGCUCCUGUGGUCAUCAGUAGAGACCACCAUGACGUUAGUGGAACAGACAGUCCCUUCAGAGAGACCUCCAAUGUGUACGACGGCUCUGCCUUCUGUGCAGACAUGGCGGUCCAGAACUUUGUAGGCGAUGCAUUCAGAGGAGCCACCUGGGUGUCCCUGCACAACGGUGGAGGGGUCGGCUGGGGUGAGGUGAUGAACGGAGGGUUUGGUCUGCUCCUGGACGGGACGGAGGAGGCAGCGAAGAGAGCCAGUCUGAUGCUCAACUGGGACGUCUCUAACGGGGUGGCUCGUCGAUGCUGGUCGGGGAACUCCAACGCCUAUGAGACCAUCCAGCGUACCAUGGAGGAGCAAAGGCAGCUUCGCGUCACGAUGCCCUACCCUGUGCAGGACGAAGAUGUGUUAGACAGGGCCCUGCAGGGCUAGAUCAGCACACUGCUCACAACACAGCUAGCUAGUCAGAUGAUAAAGGACACACACAGAAUAUUCAUUGUGUCAAUCCACACCACCAUUCACAAUACCAGAUUGUCCUGAAUUAAGAGCAGAACCAAGAUGAUCACUUGAUCAUGGAUGUCAUACAGUUGAAGUCGGAAGUUUACAUACACUUAGGUUGGAGUCAUUAAAACUUGUUUUUCAACCACUCCACAAAUUUCUUGUUGACAAACUAUAGUUUUGGCAAGUCGGUUAGAACAUCUACUUUGUGCAUGACACAAGUAAUUUUUCAACAAUUGUUUGCAGACAGAUUAUUUCACUUAUAAUUGACUGUAUCACAAUUCCAGUGGGUCAGAAGUUUACAUACACUAUGUUGACUGUGCCUUUAAACAGCUUGGAAAAUUCCUGAAAAUUAUGUCAUGGCCUUAGAAGCUUCUGAUAGGCUAAUUGACAUCAUUUGAGUCAAUUGGAGGUGUACCUGGGGAUGUAUUUCAAGACCUACCUUCAAACUCAGUGCCUCUUUGCUUGACAUAAUGGGAAAAUAAAUCAGCCAAGACCUCAGAAAAGAAAUUGUAGACCUCCACAAGUCUGGUUCAUACUUGGGAGCAUUUUCCAAAUGCCUGAAGGUACCACGUUCAUCUGUACAAAGAAUAGUACGCAAGUAUAAACACUUUGGGACCACUCAGCCGUCAUACUGCUCAGGAAAGAGACGCGUUCUGUCUCCUAGAGAUGAACGUACUUAGGUGCAAAAUGUGCAAAUCAAUCCCAGAACAAGAGCAAAGGACCUUGUGAAGAUGCUGGAGGAAACAGGUACAAAUAUAUCUAUAUCCACAGUAAAACAAGCCCUAUAUCGACAUAACCUGAAAGAACGCUCAGCAAGGAAGAAGCCACUGCUCCAAAACCGCCAUAAAAAAGCCGGACUACAGUUUGCAACUGCACAUGGGGACAAAGAUUGUACUUUUUGGAGAAAUGUAAUCUGGUCUGAUGAAACAAAAAUAGAACUAUUUGGCCAUAAUGACCAUCGUUAUGUUUGGAGGAAAAAGGGGGAGGCUUGCAAGCCGAAGAACACCAUCCCAACCGUGAAGCACGGGGGUGACAGCAUCAUGUUGUGGGGUGCAUUGCUGCAGGAGGGACUGGUGCACUUCACAAAAUAGAUGGCAUCAUGAGGGAGGAGAAUUAUAUGGAUAUAUUGAAGCAACAUCUCAAGACAUCAGUCAGGAAGUUAAAGCUUGGUCGCAAAUGGGUCUUCCAAAUGGGCAAUGACCCCAAGCAUACUUCCAAAGUUGUGGCAAAAUGGCUUAAGGACAACAAAGUCAAUGUAUUGGAGUGGCCAUCACAAAGCCCUGACCUCAAACCUAUAGAAGAUUUGUGGGCAGAACUGAAAAAGCAUGUGCGAGCAAGGAGGCCUUACAAACCUGACUCAGUUACACCAGCUCUGUCAGGAGAAAUGGGCCAAAAUUCACCCAACGUAUUGUGAGAAGCUUGUGGAAGGCUACCCGGAACAUUUGACCCAAGUUAAACAAUUUAAAGGCAAUGCUAGCAAUUACUAAUUGAGUGUAUGUAAACUUCUGACCCACUGGGAAUGUGAUGAAAGAAAUGAACGCUGAAAUAAAUCACUCUCUACUGUUAUUCGGACAUUUCACCUUCUUAAAAUAAAGUGGUGAUUCUAACUGACAUAAAACAGGGAAUUUCUACAUGGAUUAAAUGUCAGGAAUUGUGAAAACUGAGUUCAAAGUGUAUGUUAACUUCCGACUUCAACUGUAUAUAUACAAGUCUUAUUGCCAAUCAUCAAUUGAAAACAAUGAGUUAACAUGGUGUUCUUUGAUGUACAGUGCAUAUGGAAAGUAAUUCAGACCCCUUGACUUUUUCCACAUUUUGUUACAUUACAGCUUUAUUCUAAAAUGGACUAAAUUGUUUUGUUUUUUCUCAUCAAUCUACACACAAUACCCCAUAAUGGCAAAGCAAACCGUUUUUUUGAAUUGUUUGUAAAUGUAUUAAAAAUAAAAAACUGAAAUAUCACAUUUA